AAUGGAAAGGGAAUUGGAUGUCCUCAAGGAAGAUGGAAGUUGUCCGAAAUGAUGUUGCUGGAAAGUCGGUUGCUGAAAGUUGACGUGACCGUCGUGCGAAAUCCCAGCAUGACCGUAGAGAGGACGACAAUAACCUUGAAGAAUGAACAUUUCCCAGACAUUACCGAUCUGUUCGUCGAUGUCGAGACGAUCUGCGACGAGCAACCGUUCAGGAUUUAUUGCCGGAUCUCCGAGCGAGACUACGUGCCGGUUUUCAACUUUAUCAGCUUUAAAGGGGGCCUCGAGCUGAUAUGCAAUCCAGAAAUCUACGUGGUCGUGGACGAACCACUUCUCCGCCAACGUUCAUCGACCAACAGAGAUUUCGCUGGAAGAAGCAACGAUUUCAAGGGAAUUAGCAAAGCCAGCGACCACUUUGAGUUUAUUCAAUCCGAAUUCACCGAGGAUUCGCUGUCACGGAUGCUGACUGACGUUGAGAUACUGCAGUGCGCGCUGUCCGUUUUAAGAGAGUACGACGACGACCCCGCCGCGGCUUUCCGUUACUUAUUCGUGAGAACACGUCCGUUGUACGAGCGCGAAUUAAAAGACACGGACCGACAAAUGAAGAUCUUGAUCAAGGGUCUCCCACGACCCAAAGCGAAGCCAUCUCACGAACCGUUCCCGGAAGUAAAGAACAUCCGCUCCCGGACCAUCAGCAAGGCCUCGAAGAAAAGAAGAAAGUGAAAUUGCUCCCUGAGCACUUUCGUGUCUCUUUCUCUCUCUCUCUUUUUUUUUAAUUUCUUUUAAUUUUUUUUUUUUUAAUUCGAAGCGAAUUUUUAUUAACAUCG